UCGUGCCUACAGACGGACGGACAGACAGACAUCUUGAUAAAUCUAUAAGGCCAUCUUAAAAGGCCUAAAAAUGUCUGCAAAAAUCUAUGGCAUGGGAACGAAAUGUUGAACAGUUAAAAAAAUUUCAAACUCUGAGUGGAAAAUGAGAAUCGAUAAAAAAAUCUACAACGUCAAGAUAAAUCUGUCUCAAUCCUAACUUUGCCUAGAAUUGUUGAAGAUAUACAAAAUCAUGGAUGUCGAUGUUGGUACAGCAGGAUUUGCACUACUGGAAAAGUGGACUGGAAAAAAUGAGGCGUCGUUAAAACGGGAAAUGAUAUGCCGCUUACCUGUACCCCGCGACGGUCAAGAUGAUCCCAACAACCGGUCACUCAAUUCUUCUUUUUCCUCGGACCGUGAUGACAAAAUCGUGGCGCUUGACGGGAGUAGGAAAGAAAAUGAACAUCCACUUCUCAACUCCAUCGUAGGCUAUUCACACUUAUGAUGAGAUGACGAUAUCAAUUUUCAUGAUAAUUCCCAUUUUAUUCAGGUGUUGGAGAAAGUGUUUUCCUACCUGAUUGCCGAUGCUUACCCAGAAAAUGUAACGUCUGACUAUGACCCCAAAACUCAACGCUCUCUCAACAACAUGCGCUUCCUGCGACUAGUAUGUAGCACUUGGAAUGAGGAACUAAUCCGCAUCAUUCCAACUCCGUACAUUUGCCGAAGACCGGAAGAUGUAAAGGAUCUGUUACGAUUGGCCGUCGUGUCUCCCGUCCCCUUCAUUCGCCAUCUCUCGCUCAAGUACUCCGAACUUUGGAAAACUCCGCAAACCCUGACUCUCCUCUGGAACAUUCAAGAUUGCCUCAAAACGCUGGAGAUUGUCGCCACCGAGCUGGAAUAUUCUCCCUUCAUGUUGCUCCCAAAAUGCUGUCCCAGUCUGCAAAAGUUGAAAAUAUCGUGUACCGACGUCUACCCGGAGACUGACUGGGAGGAGGAACUGGAGCCCUUUUCUGACAUUUGGGCCAACCCGUUUCCCAGCCUCCGAGAGGUGAAAUUGCGUCACGGAUCCCUCACCAAAGCCGCAGUUAAAAUAAUAAUUGCGCUGUUGGAGAGGGCGAAGGGGGUGGAUGUCUUAGAAAUCCAAACCGACGCUGGAUUCGGACGGGAUAAUGGGAGCACCGAGUUGGGCGAAGAGUUGAUGCGUCGUCCAGACGUGUUUAGAAGAUUGGACAGUUUUUAUCUAGAAAAUGAAGACUGUAAUGGAUUUAUGGCCGGAGUUACCAGAAUUCUUCAUCCAGUAAGACCAGUGUUCUACGCUAAUUUGCAGUCGUUCUCGCUAAUCCAGAAAUCUGGAGCUGUAUUUCCGCCCAUGUCUGUUUCUCAAAUUGAGAAAACAUUGUCAAAGCUGAUUCAGGAGACUGCUCCAAUUCUUAAGAAUUUGACCAUCGUCAACUCUUCAGAAACGGAUUUAACUACUGGCACGACUGUUCCAAAACUCAUUCUGCCUGCGGUCAUGCCUUGCUUGGAGUUUCUCUGUCUCGGAAAUGUGGGACUGGACAUCACUUUUGGACCGUAUACAAAGCAACCCCCAAAAAUGUGGGGAUUUCCUCAGAUUUUUCCAAGUCUAAAGCACUUCGAAUUUUGGAUCCGGAUCUUUAAUGAUAUCUCCGAAGAGGACAAGGCGAUCUUAUUCCAAAUGUUGUUUCCUCAGACAGAUUCUCCACCAUCCACAAUUGAUAGCGUCCAAGUGACAGAAAAUCUUGUAAAUUAUCACACCUACACUAAACUCUUACCUGUCCACACCCACGUCCUGGAUGCCCUGUCAAAGUUUAAAAACUUACGAAGUCUCAUGCUUGAAAUGGACGGCGAAUUAUUGCCCAGCGCUAUCUCCUCAUUGAAAGAUUUGUGCAUCGAGCACUUCACUCUCGUUUACUACGAGACGCCCAAAGGAAUGCCAGGAUUUGAUGCAGCGGUCACCGGGAUCAAAUCUUCCAUCUGUGAACAGCUAGCCGCUGACUGUGUAGACAAUCAGGAUUACGUGGAUCCUGAUGACUAUCCAGAAAUAAAAAAGAAGAAUGCUUCGCUGGUUGAUUGGAAAUGUAGCCAGUCAUUCCAUACUUUAAUUUAUCUAUGGCCGAAACAUCAAUUUCCUUCAUUAUUGUUGUGCUAUUUAAUCUGAUUCAAUUUCCUUAGGCCUGUCACGAUUUAACGUAUCAUAUCGUCACGGGGGCGUGUUUGAUGCUAUCUUCCUCGUUUACUGUCUCGUCCACAUGGAAGAUUUGAAACAUUUGGAGUUGCGACAUUUCGACAUCAGGGAUAAUCUGCUCAUUCGCCUCAUCAAGAAACUGAAUUUGAAGACUUUGAUCUUUGGAAACUGCAAAGUGACCAAUCUCGAUCCACAUUUUCCCUUAUUGAACCACAAUUAUGGGAUUGAGGACGUCCUCGCCCAGUAUGAAAAGAAAGAGACGAAGGUCAGCUUUGUGGGUUACGAGGGUGCGUCAGACUCCGAUGCAGUUCCAUACUACGCCAAGCUCCUCAACCACUUUGACUACGAUUAUCAGAGCCUAUCGGACUAGGAAAUUAUAUCUUCGGAAUAUUUAUUAUUUUAAUACAAACUGUUUGUCAUAACUUGUCCCUUUUGAAACGAUUUUAUGCUGGCUUUGUGUGCGAAGGAAUAUUUUUAAACAGAAAAUCAAUAUUGUUAGUAUUGACUAAUAGUAAAUAAAUUGUUGAUUUAA